AUCUAUGUGGUACUGAUUUUGAAUAAAUAAGACAUGAGAUGAGGAUGAGCAUUCGUCGUUCUACAUAUGCUUAUGUGAUUUUCGGGGUUUUGCUGAGUGCAAUCCUCUUAAGCCCUACACAGAUUGGAUGAUGCGUAGUAUAGACAACGUAGCUCUGCGUGCAGGAGCCCUGUACGUUGGACGCACAGAGAAGCGAAUAACACCACUGUAUUUUGCUUGUGUGUUGUGAGCCAAAACCAAUAAGGGGCUUUUGUGUUGUUGAAAAACACAGAGAACCGCGAAGGUUCCGUACAAAAUUGAGGGGAGAAAUAGGGAAGGAAGGAUGUAAAAAAACACUAUCAACCAGUAGAAACCGUGUGAGAUAGUCACUCAGCACUCGACUCGCAGGGCAGUAAACAAUCAUUCCAGUGAGCCAAACUGCCUCGAACAUGGUGGAACACAUGUUCGAUUAUCAGUUUCGGCACAUACUGAUCGGAGACAGUACAGUUGGAAAAUCGUCUUUGCUGAAGCAUUUCACCGAUGGAAAAUUCGCUGAGCUCUCGGAUCCAACGGUGGGAGUGGAUUUCUUUGCUCACUUGAUUGAAGUAAACGAUGGUACCCGGAUCAAACUUCAGCUAUGGGACACUGCCGGCCAGGAACGAUUCCGCUCGAUAACGAAAUCAUAUUACCGCAACUCGGUUGGCGUAUUGUUAGUGUACGACGUAACCAAUCACGCGAGCUUCGAACACAUUCCUCUGUGGAUGAUGGAGGCUAAACGGCAUAUAGAACCACAUCGUCCGGUUUUCGCUCUAGUAGGAUGCAAGCUUGAUCUAGUGACGAGCGGUGCUCAACAGCGCGAGGUCAGCCUCGAGGAAGCGCGGACAUUCGCCGAACAUCACGGUCUCAUCUUCGUUGAAACCUCCGCCCGAUCUGGAUUGAACGUACGCGAAGCGUUUGCCCUGAUCACCCAAGAGGUCUAUAAUCGUAUACGGAGCGGCGAGUAUACGGUAGAAGAAGGCUGGGACGGCAUAAAAACUGGUUUUACGCGUCCAAAUAAUCUUGAUUUCAAUUUAGUGGUGGCAGAAUCGGCUAGAAGCACUUGUUGCUAAAAUAACGUCAGUCAUCAUGUCAUCAUUAGAACGAUGGCUUAAGAAUUCAGCCGAAUUCUUACGUUUAGGAGCCAUAGAACAGGAUCUAAUGAGUAAGGUGAACUAAAAUCCUACAUUCUUUGUUUUUAUCUUUGAUUUAGGGGUUAAACUAAUUUUACUUGGAACAAAUUUCAUCAUCGAUUAAAUUCUAAACGUAUGCAUUGAGUGAAUGGGCGUAUGGGAAAAAAGAAACUUUCCCCCGCACAAUAAAACGCAAAAGAAAUAUGCGA